AUGAUUGAUGUUUCAUGUGGCCAAAGAAAGAAAAGAAAGUUGGCACCCAAAGCUCCAAAUAACCAGUCUGGAUCUUCCAAAGUCGUCCUGCUAAAUUCCUCCAUUCUCCUGCUGGAAAUCCCUGCUGACAACAACAUCAGCCUUCCAGUAUGGGAUGCUGUGAGAUCCAUGAAAGUUGGCGUCACCUGGACAGUCAACCCCUACAGCAUCAGUGUCAACUUAACACCUUUGACUGGGAAGGAAGCGGACGUCACAACUUCCUGCAAAAGCACAACCAGCAUGGCAGCGACUUCCGAGUCUUCCUCGCUUCAGCCCCAGAUCCAGAACACUUCCUGUGUGUUGCUUACUUUGUCCCAAAACUCCCCGACACCACCAUCCAUCACUUAUCAGCCAAUCGUUAAUCUAGUCUGCCCGAUUUCUGUUUCACUGCCUCUCAUCAUCACUCAUUCUUCAAGGAGAAAGCAAACUGGUAUUCUUGCUACUAAAAAGCUCAAAUCUUCCAGUCUGGUUCCGAUAAAGCAUUCUGGUGACCUAAAUCUGCCGUCCAAGAAGCCUAGGCUCAUGGCGUUUCACACAAAGAUCUCGUCUGACGUCGUCAUAUGCGACAACUUCCUUCUCGGAACAUGUGGUCAAGGGGUGAGGUGUAACAUGCACCACACUCCUUACCCAUUUCACUGGCAGCUGUGGUCUAUUAACAUCCACCAUUGGGUGGACCCGUCGCCUCGUGUCCAGGUCUUACUGGAGAAGACAUAUUGCUGUGCUGAUCGGGACGUUGCUACCCUCAAAGAUGGAGAAGCCUUCUACACCCUGGACUUUAACUCAAUGGAGUUGGAUGAUCAGGCAAAGUACAACGCAGUUAGGAGACUCACUAACACGGAGAGCGUCCUCAGAAAUCCUCACUUUCCAAGCAAGUGGAAAAUCUACUGGUUGGAUGAUUUCUUCUUCAAAGAGUACAGUGCGGACUUAUCUGCUCUGCUUCUGAAAAAGAUGAGUGAGAAGGAGCCGCUUUGUUUCUUCCACAUCGGUGCGAGGAGGUAUGAGGUGGACUUUACCACUAUGACCCAGACCAGAGUCAGCACAGGCUUCCAGAGAGAAAUCCGAUGCAGGCCUUCCUACCGCUCACCAGAACUGAUGCAGCCUCACCUAAAAACUGGAAUCCAGUUUGACUCCGCCCACCCUGACAGCUGUGCUGCCGGGGCCAACUUCAGCAUAGAUCCCCUGCAGGAUUUUGACUCUUGGUACCCUCCAGUCUGGCUUCUGGAAAAAGUGGAGGAUUACCGCCUGGUAGAUGUUCCGGCCGGGACCCUGGCUUACCAAAGCAUCAAGGACCUUUUCCACCAAAGCCUUUCAGAAAGCCAGAUGGAUGUGAUCAGCAUCCAGCAGGUCCAGAACCUUUUGCACUGGGACAAAUACCAAAGACAGAAAACACACAUGCAGAAGCGCCACACCGAGGGUCAGGGACCUCUGGAAAGACAUCUCUUCCACGGGACCACCAAGGAAGCCUCAGAGGGCAUCUGCCUCAACAACUUUGACCCCCGAAUGGCCGGGCCCAAUGGACAAGAUUACGGGUUUGGCUCCUACUUCGCUACCAAGGCCUUUACCUCCCACAGCUACACAGAUGCAAUGAACUCAGAUGAGCCAGGCUACAUGUUUCUGGCCAAAGUCCUGGUGGGCAGCGUCUGCUUGGGAAAACAUCACUACCGCCGACCACCAGACAGCAAGGGACAUGUUUAUGACACCUGUGUUGACAAGAUGCAAAGCCCCGAAAUGUUUGUAGUGUUCGACAGCUGCCAGUGCUACCCAUACUACCUGAUCAAGUACAAAAAUCUACCAGCAGAGAUUAACCUCCAUGGCUGAUGAGUUUAUUCCAAUCAAAUCCAGACAGAAACUGUUCAUGAUACCUGAUACAUUUAUUCAGUUGCAAAAAAUGUUCUAAUAUAACAAUUCCAAUA